AGUGGUGCUCAGCAUGGCGGGGAUUCCAGGGCUCCUCCUCCUCCUCCUGCUCCUCCUCCUGCUCUGUGCUGUGGGGCGUGUGAGCCCCUCUGGUGCCCCCUGGAAACCCACUUGGCCUGCUUACCGCCUCCCUGUCGUCUUGCCCCAGUCUACCCUCAACUUAGCCAAGCCAGACUUCGGGGCCGAAGCCAAAUUGGAAGUGUCCUCCUCAUGCGGACCCCAGUGUCAUAAGGGAACUCCACUGCCCACUUACGAAGAGGCCAAGCAGUAUCUGUCUUAUGAAACGCUCUAUUCCAACGGCAGCCACACAGAGACGCAGGUGGGCAUUUAUAUCCUCAGCAACAGCGCAGGUAGGGCCCAAGGCCGAGACUCAGAGUCUUCAGGAAAGUCUCGGAGGAAGCGGCAGAUCUACGGCUAUGACAGCAGGUUCAGCAUUUUUGGGAAGGACUUCCUGCUCAACUACCCUUUCUCAACAUCAGUGAAGUUAUCUACAGGCUGCACUGGCACCCUGGUGGCGGAGAAGCACGUCCUCACAGCUGCCCACUGCAUACACGAUGGGAAAACCUACGUGAAAGGAACCCAGAAACUUCGCGUGGGCUUCCUGAAGCCCAAGUUUAAAGACGGUGGUCGAGGGGCCAAUGACUCGAGCUCAGCCAUCCCCGAGAAGAUGAAAUUUCAGUGGAUCCGGGUGAAACGCACCCACGUGCCCAAGGGUUGGAUCAAGGGCAAUGCCAACGACAUUGGCAUGGAUUAUGACUAUGCCCUCCUGGAACUCAAAAAACCCCACAAGAGAAAGUUCAUGAAGAUUGGGGUGAGCCCUCCUGCUAAACAGCUACCCGGGGGCAGAAUCCACUUCUCUGGGUAUGACAACGAUCGGCCGGGCAAUUUAGUGUACCGUUUCUGCGAUGUCAAAGACGAGACCUAUGACCUGCUCUACCAGCAGUGUGACGCCCAGCCCGGCGCCAGCGGGUCGGGGGUCUAUGUGAGGAUGUGGAAGAGACAGCAGCAGAAGUGGGAGCGAAAAAUUAUUGGCAUCUUUUCAGGGCACCAGUGGGUGGACAUGAAUGGCUCCCCGCAGGAUUUCAACGUGGCUGUCAGGAUCACCCCUCUGAAAUAUGCCCAGAUUUGCUAUUGGAUUAAAGGAAACUACCUGGAUUGUAGAGAGGGGUGACACAGUGUUCCUUCGUGUCAGCACCUAAUGGUCUUCAUGUACUUAUUUUAGGAAAGGCCAGAUUUUGUCAUUGGCAUGCACACCUGUGUGUAUGUCUGUAAUGUGUCAUAUGAUAUCUUUUACCUAAUUUCUUAAAAUUUCAAGAUGACUGGCUUUAUUAUUUGAAAACUGAUUUGUGCAUCAUAUCAUUUAAGCAGUUUGAAGGAGUACUUUUGCAUAGAAAUUUAAAACAUACUGAUGUUUGGGGUAAUGGGGAAUAUUUUGCAAUUAAGUUAAUCUUUCACCUUUUUGAAAACUGAUUUUUAUUUCAUCUGAAGUUGUUUCAAAAGUUUAUAUUAAAUAUAUGGCAUACAGGAGAUAUGAA